AUGGAAGAAAAUAUUACUCCAUACAUGGUCCAAGCUUUCUACAACCUCAAACCAGGUGGAACACUCUUUAUUGCUGCAACUACCAGCACAAAUUUACCUCAAAAACAAAUUGCCAAUAUGGGAUUUGUCGACCAAACCAGUUCAGACCAUGAUAUGAUUCGAAUUGACAAUGGAAAAGGUACUACCAACAUUUGCAUUUACAAAUUCAAGAAGAGAAAGACUGACGUCAUCUAUUCUCUCGAAGAGAUGAAAAUUAAUAUUGAAAUGCAUCUGUGUUGA